AUGGAUAUGGAGGAAGACUUAAAUUGCAAUCAUGACUGGCUAAGAUAUCUUUUAGCGGACGGCGACUACCUGGAAGGUACGUAAUUGUCAAAUCCUGUUCUUUCUUUCAUGUUUUCCGUAUUUUUGAUUGAGGGGGCUUCCCAAGGUACACUGUCAACAAAGGUAAUGGAAAAUUGUGAUAUGCCAUUUUAAUAGAUUCAAAAACAGGGAAUAGUAAUUUAAGAUAAUACUUGAGAAUUUAUAGGUGGAAUAAAAAAUAAAUAGAACAAAAUGAUAAAGUAAGGUGACGUACAACGCGGCUGUAGCACAACGGGCAAUAGAAAUAAACUCUUGAUGUGGUUGCCUGGCAACAGUCUUGUUUAUCACAGCUGUGGCUUGGAGGCAAAAAAAAAUUGCUUUUGUUUAAAUAACUGAUCAAAAAAUCACUCUUCAGAGAAAAUUUUAAAUAAAUUCUUUUUUUUUUUCCUAACAGAAGAAUGUCUCAUAAAAUUUGAAAAAAGUUACAAAUAAGAAAAAAAUCUUCCCUUUUGAUCUGUACUGUUUAUUUCCUUGCCUAAUCCUUAAAUAAACAAAAAAGGCCUUGGUGAUCACAGAAGAGUCGGUGGUCAUUGCUUUCAACGUCGUUGGCAGGUUGUGAUUGGCAACACCACUUAAGGUCACGUGUCAGUCAGAUGUGAAGUAAUGCGCACGACUCGACUAAAUAUCCUGAGCAAUAAUUUGUGGCUAGCAAAAUGACCGUUAUGUCAAAAAAAAAAAAAAAAACUUUCAGCUUGCAACAGACCAGAAAAUUAAAAGCGAUUUAAUUAGAAAAAACUAGAACAUCAUUCUAUAAUAAGGAAGUAAAGGCCCUUACUUCCUGGUCUACGGUUUGGUUUUCGAUCUUCAUUGUUAAUACUUCCCAGGUCCAGGAACAACAAGCCAGGAUUCGGCUAUUUUAAUGAAGUCUAAAUUACACACGAUGAUCAUGGUUUUCCUAGAUAAUUGGCAGACCGAAAGAGCUACGAUGCUAGGCGGGCGACGCGAGGCUUAUACGUCCGCUAAUACUUUCCGAUCUAUUAGGGCCCGAGGUAUUCGUUAAAUGACCGUACAUAAAAUGAAAAACCUUAAAAGGUAAUGAAAAUUUUAAAGACAAUCAUAGAUAGCCUAAAAAUUACCACGAUUUUAUUUCUUUAUUUUUAAGAUAAGUUUCCCUAUUCACUGAGGGUGCAAUUGAUCCUCGAGGCUACGCCCAUACGCUGAAUAAAACCUAAGGUGAACAACAGCGAUAUAAGAAAAUGUUCUUCCUUAGGCGUGGGUACAAAAAAACUUUUAAUCCUCUAAUAUCAGUGAAAACUAUCUGCACUCAACCCUUACCUUGUGGCUGGAGUGACAAUCGCAAUCCCUCAUUCCCUGCGUAAGUUGCCCCAUACAAUCAACCCCUGCUGCAACAAUUUUUAACAAGCUCAAUAUCAAAGUAGGUCAGACGCUGUUCAGUACUAAACGGCCGCUAUUCUUUUCCUACUCUAUCUACAGAAUGUGGACUGUUUGAUGAAUCGGCAGAUUUUAUCAAUUUUUCACGGAGUAAAACAAAAGUAGAAUUGAAUCAGGAAGACAUGCUGGUAAGGCCCCAAUGCAUCAAGGAAGAUGAAGAUGAAGACGACGCCGUAGUUCCGAUCAGGAACACAUACUUUAAACCACUGUUCAUAACCAGGGAGGUAGAAGUUAAAGUUCAUUUUCUGGGUCUCAAAAAGGUCAGUAGAAAAUGUUGAUAGAUAUUCUCGAAAUGAUAAUAACAAUUUCUCUCUGAUGAAAGGCUCUCUCCUCUGGACCAGUCAUUUAUCGCCGUGUUUGCGAGGGGGAGGGGGAGGGGGAGGGGGAUUUGGUUGUGUCACGAUAUUACCGAAUUUACCUGAUCUCCCCAUAAAUCUCUGUAAUAUUCGUGUGACCGCCACCACCCCCGCUCUCCCCCCCCCCCUCCACUGGCAGUAGAUAGAUUGUCAAUUUUCUAUUGUUCCCACUCAUAUACUCUGUAGACGACGACUGAUCAUGAUCCCCCUUACAAUCCACCUGAAUACUACAUGAUUCCCCCCCAACAAAGGAAAAAAAAUCCUCCCACCCCCCAAGCGACAAAUCAAGGCCACUUGGUCACUUUAAAUAAAGGAAAUGCCUUACCACAACCCAUCAAAAGUGAUAACGAGAUUACAACAAACAACAUACAACACUCCCCAUCAGAGACCGCCAGGUUUAAUCUUUUUUUUUUUUUUUCCUUCGUAAGAAUUAAUUUUUCUAAUCAUUAUUGCUUUUGUUAUUCCUCUUUUUAGGAGUAUGAGAAAGUCCAAAGUCGUAUAAACCGUAAAUCAAGGCAGCGACUGACAGACGGAAAAGUCCGCAUAAUGGUGACGGCUGAUGCACAAAUUGGAAACAUUGAAGUUCAGGUGGAGCGAACGCCAAUGGCAACAACUCUCUGUGGUGACGUCACUGGCAAGGUGCCGUUGAAGGUUAAAAUGGGCUCGCAAAAUGUCAAUAAGGUAAAAAAAAUUGACGCCUAAAGAAAAAAGAUAGAACAACAAUCGCACGAGCUCUUCGAUUUAUUCCGUCUAAAUGCUUUAUUUAUCUGUUUAUUUUUCUCAGCAAUACCUUUCCGUUGAUCUCGAUUCAGUUUACAUGUCUGAAAAAGGUACACCAGUUUACAAGCUUUCCACUGUAGAUGCGGAGAGACGUAACCAGUUCCGCCUGGUGGUCACCGUUCAGUUCAUCGACGGAGCCCGCAGUCGGUCGUUUGUCAGCCCAUCAUUUCUCUUACGGAGCCGCAGACCAGAAAGGAAGAAGUCGUCCUAA